UGAAAACCCUGGACUAUAAAAAAUAGUUGCACACAGAAUUUUCGGUCCCUCUUGCUCUCGCGUCGCUGCUCCGUACCAGUUUCACUGCAUAAAUUUGAGAGAAAACUCUGCAAACAUGUUGGUUUAUCAGGACCUCCUUACAGGUGAUGAGCUUCUCUCGGACUCCUUCCGUUACAAUGAAAUUGAGAAUGGAAUGCUGUGGGAAGUUGAGGGGAAGUGGGUUGUUAAGGGAGCAGUUGAUGUUGACAUUGGUGCAAACCCUUCUGCUGAGGGUGGAGAAGAUGAGGGAGUCGAUGACGCAGCUGUUAAGGUUGUUGACAUUGUUGAUACAUUCAGACUUCAGGAGCAACCCGCUUUUGAUAAGAAACAGUUUGUUACCUUCAUGAAGAGGUUUAUCAAGAAUUUGACUCCCAAGCUCGAUGCAGAGAAACAAGAGUUGUUUAAGAAGCACAUUGAGGGAGCAACUAAAUACCUGCUCUCUAAGAUUAAGGAUUUCCAGUUUUUUGUUGGGGAGAGCAUGAAUGAUGAUGCUUGCUUGGUCUUUGCAUACUACAAGGAUGGUGCUGCUGAUCCAACAUUCUUAUACUUUGCAUAUGCCUUAAAGGAGGUUAAGUGCUAAGUGACAUAAUGUACCAAGUUAUCUACUCUCAUUUUACCUAGUUUUUUUUUUUUAAGUUCUGUCCUAAGUUACUUAAAACUUCGACUUGUUAUUUUGAUUUUAAUAGUGAGACAUUUUGUGCUACAUCAUAAUUCCCAUCAAAUUUAAUUAUCGAUGGGUUAGAAUUUCAUUAAUUUAUGAUUUUGGUUGUGCUGGAAGGGCUUCCAGGAUUCUUUUUUUGAAGAAUGUUUGGAUGUGUACUAGAAAUAUUUUAACUUAAUAGUUUUAUCAAUAAGAAUUGAAUACGAGUUGGGAAUUUAA